GGUGACGACGUGUCGUCCUGCAGUGUGCUGGGAAUGUUUACAGGAGGUUUCUCUUUGCUCGUGGAAUAAUUACAGUUUGGCGGGUAUUUUAUCAGCCUUAUUCGAACCGAGGGGUCGAAAUCACAUUCCGAUUCAGACAUGGCGUCGACAGCAGCCGGGAAACAGCGGAUACCUAAAGUGGCGAAGGUGAAAAACAAAGCACCAGCUGAAUUACAAAUUACAGCUGAACAGCUGCUGAGAGAAGCUAAAGAAAGAGAGCUUGAACUACUUCCACCACCACCUACUCAAAAGAUCACUGAUGAAGAAGAAUUGAAUGACUAUAAGCUAAGAAAAAGGAAAACUUUUGAAGACAAUAUACGGAAAAACCGAACUGUUAUUAGCAACUGGAUCAAAUACGCACAAUGGGAGGAGAGCCUAAAAGAAAUACAGCGGGCACGUUCAAUUUACGAACGUGCAUUGGAUGUCGAUCACAGAAACAUUACCCUGUGGUUGAAAUAUGCAGAAAUGGAAAUGAAGAAUAGACAGAUUAAUCAUGCACGCAAUAUAUGGGAUCGAGCAAUUACCAUUCUGCCAAGGGUCAAUCAGUUUUGGUAUAAAUAUACCUACAUGGAGGAAAUGCUGGGGAAUGUUGCAGGAGCAAGACAAGUAUUUGAACGUUGGAUGGAAUGGCAACCUGAUGAACAAGCAUGGCACUCGUAUAUUAAUUUUGAACUCCGAUACAAAGAAAUAGAGAGAGCUCGGCUGGUUUAUGAGAAGUUUGUUUUCAUUCAUCCUGAUGUUAAAAACUGGAUUAAGUAUGCCAGGUUUGAAGAAAAACAUGCGUACAUUGGCCACGCACGGAAAGUGUAUGAAAGAGCAGUGGAGUUUUUUGGGGAGGACCACAUGGAUGAACAGCUCUUUGUAGCAUUUGCAAAGUUUGAAGAAAAGCAGAAAGAAUUUGAUCGAGUGAGGGUGAUCUACAAAUAUGCACUCGAUAGAAUUGCCAAAAGUCAGGCUCAAGAGCUCUUCAAAAACUACACGGUGUUUGAGAAAAAAUUUGGGGACAGACGAGGUAUUGAAGAUGUUAUUGUCAGCAAAAGACGCUUUCAGUAUGAAGAGGAAGUCAAGGCUAAUCCACAUAAUUAUGAUGCCUGGUUUGACUACCUCCGUUUGGUUGAGAGCGAUGGAGAUCCUGAUACUGUACGUGAAGUGUAUGAACGUGCAAUAGCCAAUGUUCCACCCAUUCAGGAAAAGCGACAUUGGAGGAGAUACAUUUACUUAUGGAUUAACUAUUCUUUGUAUGAAGAAUUGGAGGCAAAGGAUCCAGAGAAAACAAGGCAAGUUUAUCAGGCAUGUUUGGAACUCCUCCCCCAUAAGAAGUUUACAUUCGCCAAAUUCUGGCUGCUAUAUGCACAAUUUGAAGUUCGUCAGAAAAAUCUAGCUUUUGCCAGACGGGCUUUGGGGGCUGGCAUAGGAAAAUGUCCAAAGAACAAACUAUUCAAAGGGUACAUUGAACUAGAGCUGCAGCUUCGUGAGUUUGACCGAUGCAGGAAACUCUAUGAGAAAUACUUGGAAUUUUCUCCAGAGAAUUGCACUACUUGGAUCAAGUUUGCAGAAUUAGAGACCAUCCUUGGUGAUGUUGAGCGUGCUCGUGCAAUCUAUGAACUGGCAAUUGGUCAACCGCGACUCGAUAUGCCAGAGGUGCUUUGGAAGUCAUACAUUGACUUUGAAAUUGAACAGGAGGAAUAUGAAAGGACAAGAAACCUUUACAGACGUCUACUUCAACGUACUCAACAUGUUAAAGUAUGGAUUAGUUAUGUUCAGUUUGAACUUUCAGUUGAUGCACCUGAACGCUUAUCUAGAUGUCGACAGAUCUAUGAGGAUGCCAACCGGUCUUUGCGAAAUUGUGAGGAGAAGGAAGAGCGACUCAUGUUCUUGGAGUCCUGGAGGGACUUUGAGGCUGAAUUUGGCACAGAUUCAUCACAGAACAGAGUUCAAAAACUCAUGCCAGAACGCGUCAAAAAGAGGAGGAAGUUGCAGACAGAAGAUGGAUCAGAUGCUGGCUGGGAGGAAUAUUACGACUACAUUUUCCCAGAAGAUGCUGCCAAUCAGCCAAACCUCAAGCUGCUCGCUAUGGCCAAGCUCUGGAAGAAGCAACAGCAAGAUGAGAAAGAAUCAGAGGAUGACCCUGACAAAAAUACGAAUAAGAACGAGAGUGAAUCUUGAUGACUUGGCAACUUUUUCUAGACACUUCAAAAUUCUUUACCUUUUUUUUGAACUUGGUUUUUGUACAAAUGCGAACAGCUGGAGCUGUCUAUAGUGUUUAUUAAAUAAGUUUUUGUAAUAUGCUUUUUUUUUGCAAUUCCUUGAGCUAUUGUUAUAAUUUCACACCAUUAUCCUUAGCUGAGCUCAGAGUAACUUAGGGUCUAGUUUGAUUAAGUCAUACCUCCUCCAUUAGCUAACGUAAUUCAGUGGUUCUCUCAAGAUGACUUUCUAACUAUCUAAUAACAGUAUUAUUAUUUUGUUUCAACAUGCAAAAUUACAACACAGGCUAUUUACAAAUAAAGUUUGCCUUUAUUUGUUAAUUGUGUUGGAAAGUUAUAUGGUGAAAAUUUUUUGAAGCUCCUUGGGCAACUGUCUCCACCUUUCCGAAGGAAAGCUCACUUGUUUAGACUUGACAUAGGCAUAUCAAUAGUAGUUGAACAAUACAGCAUAGCACAUCACCUUUGACCCACAAUGUUGUGCCAACUUUUUAGCCUACUCUAAGAUCAGUUUAACCCUCCCUCCUGUGUAGCCCUCCAUUUCUCUCUUGUCCAUGUGCCUAACUAGGAGUUUCAUAAAUGCCACUAAUAUAUCUCCCUCUACCACACCCCUGGCAGGGCAUUCCACACUCCCAUCACUCUAUGUGUAAACAAUUCACCUCUGACAUCCCCCCUGUACUUCCUUCCCAUCACUUUAAAAAUAUGCCCCUUUGUAUUCACCAUUUCCACCCCAGGAAAAAUCUCUGGCCAUUCAUCUCUAUCUAUGACAUCUCUGUCAAGUCAGUUCUUAUCCUCCUUUGCUCCAAAGAGAAAAUCCUGAGCUUCAUCAAUCUAUCUUCAUAAGAUAUGUCCUCUAGUUCAGGCAGCAUCUUGGUAAAUCUCCUCUGCACUCUCUCUAAGCUUCUACACUGAAAAUAAUAUUCCAAGUGUAGUCCAACCAGGGUUUUAUAGAGCUGCACUGUUACCUUACGGCUCUUAAAGUCAAUCCCCUGACUAAUGAAGACCAAGAUUCCAUACACCUUCUUAACAACCAUGUCAACUCAUGUAGCAUCUAUUGGUAUAUAUGCACAUAAUUUCAGACCUUGAUGUAUCAAAGCCACCUUUGCCUGUUCCAUGCAGCCUGUACUAUCUUACUCUGAGUCCCUGUGCAUAUUGACAUGAAAAUGUCAACAGCAAAUUUAUAGAAAUCAUUGUGUGCAUUGAGUUUAUUGUGAAUUUUCGUUACAAAUUCUUUGUAGCUGUAUUCUUAUAAAUAGGAGGCUGGAGAGGGCAAAGUGACCCUGGUUGCAUAUAAACAAGCAUUUAGUCCUUUAACAGGCCAGAAGUUUUGAUAUCCAUGUUCGUGAAAGUACCUGUCACAGUGAAUAUUUUUGGAGGACUGGGAAAUUCAUAAUUCUGCAUCCUCUUAUUUCUGCAAGGGGUCCAAUACCCAAAUGAAAAGCUGAAUUUGCAAAUAAUGAUUUAAGUUCUUAAGGUGCUUUUGUGUAUUAAUGAACACUGAGAAAUGACAUUAUUUUCUCCUCAUUGUUCACAUUGCAAAGAAAACUGAAGUCUUCUUUCUCAAAUCUAGUGAUAGAGCUCCAAUAUCCAGGUAAAAGCGUCAUUCAUCCUCUUACGCCAUACUAUGGUAUGGCUGUUACAUUUCCUUGUAACCACUGUGAUGAAAAGACUAAAACAUCUCUGCCAAAAAGGUUGUAAUUAGAAGUUUUUCAGUUGCCUGGUCUGUUGAAGCAGAAUUUGCUUUGAAUUCAACAAGGAUAAACUCUUUUGCUGAAGAAGGCCAUCACUUCCUCAUGUUACUGGGUCACUUACCAGCAAAGAUAGAGAGGUCCGUUGAAGUCUGAUGGUACUAUUUUUAACAGUAUUUAUUGAUAAAAAUACACAAAAAUAAUAUCAAUGCAGACAUACAGAUAAUAUACAUUGUCAAUACUAAAUCUAAAAGCGCGGGUAUAAUAAUAAUAAGAAAUAGCUCUAUCGUUGUCUAGGGGAUAAUGUAUUGUCCGAUGGAAAUAUAAAAGUCACUCAAGUUCAUUCAAGCUGCAGCUUUUGGUUAGAGAGAAAGACGGAUGUUUAACUUGCCUAUUCCUUUUAUGAUGUCAAUCCUUCGAGAGUCGUUAGGGGCUGAUUUCCCCUUUGUUGUUAGCUAAAGCCGAUCUCCUGUGGCAAGGCCCACCAAUUCUGAGGCAAAUGGAAAAGGACACACGUGGCUUUCCACCGGCUUUUGCUAUUACGCUGUUACUGGAUUUCAAGCCUUUCUUCUGGUGCGUCUGAGGGGCUGUUCCCACAGACCUUCUUUUAUCCCCCACUCGCGGGGUCUCAGAUGUCAAUCAAGUUGGGGAGGAUGCCAUCCCCCAACCAGCCCAUGUUGCCUGAUUCCUUGAGGGCAUUGAUGAAUAGCACAGCGCUCAAUACACAAUUCCGUCUCCAAGAGACAAUAGCGGUUAUCAAUGGUUCCGCCUUUCGGAGGCCAGGACACAUUCCAAACUCUUUAUGAAUUCUGCAUGUCUCUCUCUCAUUUCCUGGGUCUCCUGACCUGACUUAAUAGCGAUCUUGCGAUUCUCAAAAAGGAGGGGGGGGGAGCACAGGCAUAACACUCAAUAUAAAUAAAAAGAAUGAUAAAGAUGCAAAAUUCAAGCAGAAGACUUUUGUUAGUUGGCCACUUUUUUUGUAAUUUACAGUUUUAACAAUUUCAAUGUGUGAUAAGCCUUUUAAUAAUUUUUUACAUAAAUGAUGUGAAUUUUUAUUUAAAGUGGUAUUCAAAUCUCCAUUUCUACCUACUGUAGAAGUUGUGUCUCCACUUGGCAGAUUACGAACAGUAUAUUAAGCAUCCAUUUCUUAAAAUAUUUGCAGACAUUAGCCUGGUUUCGCCAUUGAAAGACAAUAAUCUCCCAACAGCUGCCAAGGAAGAUUUUAACAGCUUUUCUGGGAUUCUUGUCAUAUCUUUCUGCCAUUUUGUUUAUUUGGAUCUACACUCUAUUGCCCAAUAGUGGAACACCAUUGGCACCUGUAGAUUGUCUAUUUCAGUACCUGCUUUACACUUUUGUGAUUAAAAUUGAACACAGAAAAGAAGCUUUAAUGAUAUGUGCAACAAUAUCCACUUAGGUAAAAGUAUUGGUUUAUUUCCUAUUGCAAUUAGUCUUUUUCUUGAUUUUUUUUUCUAGUUUUGGAGUUUUUUGUCUUCAGUUUGCCUUAUUUCAUUACAGACGCUGCACUCAAUUAAAUCCUAGUACUCGAUAGCUGUCUUUCUUUUGUGGGCAGGGGUUCAUUUGUGAAAAGCUUUGUAGCCAUAUUGAAGUCAUUGAGAGAUAUUGGAGAUUUCUGUAGCAUUUUAAAUAGAGCAGUGAAAAUUAAUGGUGCCUGUUAACUUUGUGGUUUAGGAACGCACUUUAAAGACAGCUUAACACUUAAUGCCCCAAGAUGGAAAAUAAAUAAGAUUUUUGUUUGUUUCAGUUUAGUUCUCUAGCUCCAGGGCUAUAUCAAAAUUCAGUGGCUCUGCAGACUCCACCACAUGUUAAGUCAAGACUUCAUUAUUUUAUACGGUUGCAACUUUAACAGCAGUACUGUACGUGCUUAUCUGCUACUUGUCUUAACAGCAUAAGAGAAGUGUUCUGGCCUUUUGGGCUUAUGCUGAUUGCCAGCUGAGCAAUCCCCAGUCCUAUUAGCCAUGUUCAUCCUCCUUCCUCAACACUUUUGUAACUUGUUCUCCCAGAGACAUGACCAUGUCAGUUAAUGGAUGCAGUGAUUAAUUUAUUUACCAGCAGUCCUUCAGGAUGUGGGAGAAAACUAGAGCACUUGGAAGCAACCCACAUGGAGAGAAUGUGCAGGCUCUACACAUACAGCAACUGAGCUAUGGAUGACGGUGGCAAAGGCUGCAACCUUUAAAGAGCUGAAGAUCUCCACGGAUUUAUAGAGAUGCUGUCAGUCUUGCAGCUUGGGUAGCUUGCGUAGCAAUUACACACUGGUUUAUCUUCAUUGGGUAAACCUUAAAUUACUUGUAUCAUUAAAGCUUCUGGAACGUUGGCAUCCUAGUUUAGAAAUCAUGGUUAUAAAUGACUCCACGCUGAAGAAUGUGUAUAUCUGUACUCCAAAAUAACUUUCCUCUUACCUUUGGCAUUAAAUUUGGAUUCCUUUUAUGUUCAAUCAGAAAUCAUGUUGACCAACCUACUUGUAUCACUUUCAGGCACUUCUGUGAAUAUAAAACUAUUAUCUAAGUGUCUAAAUUCUUUUGAUUGCAUGGCUUAUGCUGUCUAUUUUUGUAGCCCUUCCUCUCACAGUCAUCUCUUAUUGUGUUUCUCACUUCAAAAUUCAUACCACUUUGCAUUUUUCUCCAGGCUUUGCAAUUGCAUUCAUUUGUUGUGUGCCAGCAGUACAUUGCAAUACAUAAUAAUAAAACUAUAAAUUACAAUAAAUAUAAAUAAAUUAAAUAAAUAUUGCAAAAAGAGCAAAAGGAGAAAAAGUGAGCUAGAGUACAUGGGUUCAAUGUUCAUUCAGAAAUCUGAUGGCAGAAGGGAAGAAGCUCUUCCUAAAACACUGAGUGUGUGUUUUCAGGCUCCUGUAACUCUUCCUUGACAGUAGCAAUGAGAAGAGGGCAUCUCCUGGGUGAUGGGGGUCCUUAAAGAUGGAUGCGCCUUUUCUAGGCAUCACCUUUGGAAGAUGUCCUCAAUAGCUGGGAGACUAGUGCCCAUGAUGAAGCUGGUUGAGUUUGCAACUUACUGCAGCUUUUUCCAAUCCUGUGCAGAGGCCCCUCCAGACCAGAUGCAACCAGUUAGAAUGCUCUCCACGGUACCUCUUUUCAAAUUUGCAAGACAUAUCAUGUCUUCUCAAACUCCUAAUGAAAUAUAGAAGCAAGGAUGUAAUGUUGAGACUUUAGAGAACACUGGUGGGCCGCACUUAGAGUAUUGAGAGUUGUUUUGGGCCCCUUAGAAAGGAUGUGCCGAAACUGGAGAGGGUUCAAAGGAACUUCACGAAAUGAUAGCAGGUUGGAAUGGCUUGUCAUAUGAAGAGUGUUUGAUGGCUCUGCGCCUGUAUUCACCGAGUUCAGAAGAAUGAGGGGUGACCUCAUUGAAACCUAUCGAAUGGUGAAAGGCCUUGAUAAAGAGGACGUGGAGAGGAUAUUGCCUACUGCGGUAGAGUCUAAGACUAGAGAACACAGCAUCAGGGUAGAGGGGUCCCUCAAUGAGGAAGUCAAGAAUCUCAUUGCAGAGGGAGGUACAGAGGCCCAGAUUUUGGAGCUAUUAGUACUAAAUGUAUGAUGGUAUUGAAAACUGAACUGUAAUGAAUAUACAGCAGCUUCAUGUAGGUAUUACUAUUAUCCAAGUGAUUCAAGGCUGAAUGGAGAGCCAGUGGCAUUGCAUCUGCUGCAGACCUAUUGUGGCAAUAGGCAAGUUGCAGCAAGUCCAGAUUCUUGUUUAGGCAGGAAUUGAUUCUAGGCAUGACCAACCUCUCAAAGCACUUCAUUGUAGUAGAUAUGUAUGCAACUGGAUAAUAGUCAUUGAGGCAACUCAUCAUGCCCUUCUCAGGUACUGGUAUGAUUGUCACCCUUUUGAACCAGGUGGGAACCUCUGACUGCAGCAGUGAAAUAUUGAAGAUGUCCUUGAACACUCAUGUCAGUUGGUUGGAACAGGCUGUCAGUGCUCUACCAUGUACACCAUCAGGGCCUAAUAGGAUUCAGCUUCUUAGACGGGUUUCCAACCUUUUUUAUGCCAUAGAUCAAUACCAUUAAGCAAGGAGUUGGGAACCCCUGCUCUUGAGAGAUGUUGUGAUAUUGGUCUCAGACAGAUUACAGGAUCACCAGAUGCUACAGGGAUUUGUACAGGAGCACUUUUAUUCUUUCUUUCAAAAUAUGCAUAAAAGGUGUUGAGCUCGUCUGUGAGUGAAGCAUCACAGCCAUUCAUGAUGUUUUACCUUGUAGGAAUAGCCUGCAAACCCAGCCAGUGUAUCUCUAACCUCAAUCAGAAUUGUUUAUCGCUCUCAAAAUAACCUUCCAUAGAUCUUACCUGGACUUCCAGCAUUAUUCUGGACCACCGCUCUUGAAUGCUACAGAUCUAGCCCACAGCAUACUAUGAAUCUCCUAGUUCAUCCACAGCUUUUGGUUUGGUUAUGUCCAGUAUGUUCUUGAAGGCAUACACUUAUCCACACAGGUCUUGAUGAAGUCUGUGACAGCUGUGGUGUAUUUAUUCAGAUUAGAAGAUGAAUCCCUGAAUAUUGUCCAGUCCAUCAACUGAAAACAGUUCUGUAAGUACUCCUCCACCUCUCUUGACCAUCCCUUCUGGGUUGUCACCACUGGUGCUGAAGUCUGUAAGUCUCUGCCUGUAUGCUGGAAGUAGAAGUACAGCUAGGUGAUCCAACUUUCCAAAGUGCAGGCGGGGAUGGCCUGGUAAGUGUUUUGCAUAGUGGUAUAACAGUCAAGUGUGUUGGCUCCACUGGUUCCAAAGGUGAUGUGAUGGUAGUUGUUCCGAUGACUUCAAACUGUCCUGGUUGAAAUCUCCCUCUCUCCCCUCCCCCCCAUAAAAGGGAAAGUGUCAGGGUCCACUGUUUCAUGACUGCUCAUCAUAGUGCUCAGCUCCUGAUGUGCUUUGUGGCUGAGGUGCAAGUACAAUUGAGGCCUACCUUUCUAAUCUUAUUCACCAUUUUCUUAUUCCUCUGAAGCUGCCUGACCUGUUGAGUUCCUCAGCAUUUUGUGUGGGUUUCAAUAUAGGGAAAUAAACAGCUGAUGUUUAGGGCUGAGACGCUUCAUUGGGUCUGUAAAGGAAGAAGGCAGAAACCAGAAUAAGAAGAUGGAGGGGAGGGGAGUACAAGGUGGAUGCUGGAGGAAGUCAGCAGGUCAUGCAGCAUCUAUGGAGUGAAAUAAUCAGAAGUACCCAUUGACAGGUUCUCCUCAGAACAAUUUUCUGGAAAUAGUUCUAAAGGAUUGCCUGGUCAAACUUUGAGAAUGUUGUGAUUCAAAUGUUGCUAUGGUCACAAUCACAAGCUACUCCACAAAGAUUUUUAGAUGCUUGCUACUGAACCCAAACAGUGCAACUUAAUUUCUGCACCCCUGGUUCUUUAAAUGCUUUUUACAGUGUUCCAUAUUGGCAAUAAAUAACUUGUGGUUUAAUAUAGCUAAUGCUAUUGGUGGUAGAAGCAACAAGCUGAUACCAUGGAAUAUGUGGGCAACGUAUCUAACAUGACAAGCUUAGAGUAAAGAAUGGACAGCCAAAUCAGAUGGUGCAAUCAAUGCAAUUUUUUUUUUAAAUGACCCUUUUGUAAUAUUGUCAUAAAAUUUGGUAUUUACAGGUAGUACAAUCUAGUAAAUUCCUUAUAACCUAGGUUAGGCAAAUUCAGCUUAGUUACUGGGAAAUGUUGUUCUAGUACGAUUAGCAUGAAAAAUGUAGUAUCAUGUGAUUUAAAAAUGCUCAAUUUUAAAGACACGAUUAAAUGAAGAAUGAAUACCAAGAUCACUGUUGUAAAAUCCUUUACCAACAGUUCAGAGUUAGUACUGGUUAAAGCAUAAAUAUUUGCAUCCUAUAAUAUAGUGUAAUAAUUGAAAUUAAAUUGCCUGUUCAGAUUAUAAUCUCUUCAUAAAACUGGCAUUUGUAGGAUUUGUAUUUUGAUAUUAGCUCAGUGUUUUGAAAUUAGCUGGAUACUGGAAAGUUAGUGCUUCUGUGUGGAUACUAAAUGGAAAUUAGCCCGCUCAAUAUCAAAUAUUUUAAGGUAGCAUCUUGUCAACAGUUUGAUAGCUGAAGCAGUUGCCAUUUGGAUCUAAACUAGUUACAGUGCCCAGUAUUUGUAACUUGUUAAUGAUUUCUAUUGGAAACCAUGUUGUCUGUUAUUGGUAAUUGGUUAGCCAUUUUAUUGUGUAAUCUUGCUUUAGGGAUGUAUAUAGUUACAUUACAUACCCGUAACAUGGGUGCCUUAUCCACAUGAAAUGAAUCUUCAUACAACAAAUCUGUGAGGCAAUCAUUAUUUUUAAUUUAUGGCUUUAAUCAUUGUUUGUACCAUUUUUAUUACACCUUUUGUCCAAAAGUCAGCAGGGGAGGUGGUUGAGGCAGAUAUAGUUUGUCAUUUUGAUAUUUUCAUGCUGACAUUGGGACAGUACUAUGAAUUGUACAUAAAAUUGUUUCUUUAUAAAUGCA